AUGGCCACAGACCACCAGAACCCUGCAUCCAAGCAGCAGCAGCCGGCCGCCAGCGCGUUCAAGCUGGUCGUCUAUGAGCAGGAAAACUUCCAGGGACGCUGCCAUGAGCUGACUGGUCCCUGUAACAACCUCCAGGAAGCAGGCGUGGAGAAAGUGGGCUCCAUACUGGUGCUGUGUGGACCAUGGGUGGGAUAUGAGCAGCCCAGCUGUAAGGGCGAGCAGUAUGUGUUUGAGAAGGGGGAGUAUCCUCGCUGGGAUUCCUGGACCAACAGCAGGCGCAGUGACACCAUUGUUGCAUUCCGCCCGAUUAAAGUGGACAGCCAGGAGCACAAGAUUGUCCUUUAUGAAAACCCCAGCUUCGCAGGGAAGAAGAUAGAGAUCAUAGAUGACGACGUCCCCAGCUUUCACGCACACGGCUACCAGGAGAAGGUCUCCUCUGUCCGGGUUCAGAGCGGCAC